GAGAGAAGCACAAUCGGGAUACUUGAAGGAACACUACAGGACUCACCCGUCCGACUUCUUUUAUUUCAAUUACAAAUUUUUGUCAGGUGUCUUAUAGCAGUUAAGAUGGCCACGUCUGCCAGCUCCAAUUUGAGUAAAGCUGUUAAACAGCAGUACAUGGAGCUCCCCCAGGGAGACAAAGUUCAAGCCAUGUACAUCUGGAUUGAUGGAACAGGAGAAGGACUCCGUUGUAAGACCAGAACCUUGGAUUCUGAGCCCAAGAGCAUUGAAGAUCUGCCUGAAUGGAACUUUGAUGGCUCCAGCACCUACCAAUCAGAGGGCUCCAACAGCGACAUGUACCUGAUCCCAUCAGCCAUGUUCAGGGAUCCCUUCCGCAAAGAUCCCAACAAGCUGGUCCUCUGUGAGGUGCUGAAGUACAACCACAAGCCUGCAGAAACCAACCUCCGCAAGACUUGUCAGAAAGUGAUGGAGAUGGUGGAGAACCAGCACCCCUGGUUCGGAAUGGAGCAAGAGUACACCAUACUGGGCACUGAUGGACAUCCCUUUGGCUGGCCCUCAAAUGGAUUCCCUGGUCCCCAAGGUCCUUACUACUGUGGAGUGGGAGCAGACAAGGCCUAUGGACGAGACAUUGUGGAGGCCCACUACAGAGCCUGCCUGUACGCUGGGGUUCAGAUCUGUGGCACAAACGCAGAAGUCAUGCCGGCUCAGUGGGAGUUUCAGGUCGGUCCCUGCGAAGGCAUUAACAUGGGAGACCACCUCUGGAUCGCACGCUUCAUCCUGCACAGAGUCUGCGAAGACUUCGGCGUGGUGGCCUCGUUUGACCCCAAGCCCAUCCCCGGGAACUGGAACGGUGCUGGCUGUCACACAAACUUCAGCACCAAGGAGAUGCGCGAAGAGGGCGGGUUGAAAUUCAUUGAAGAGUCCAUCGAGAAGCUGGGCAAGAGGCACCACUACCACAUCCGUGCCUACGAUCCCAAGGGGGGGCUGGACAACGCCAGGCGCCUGACUGGCCACCACGAAACAUCCAACAUCCACGAGUUCUCCGCGGGAGUGGCCAACCGUGGCGCUAGCAUCCGAAUCCCGCGCUCAGUGGGCCAGGAGAAGAAGGGCUACUUUGAAGACCGCCGUCCCUCGGCCAACUGCGACCCCUAUGCCGUCACAGAAGCGCUGAUCCGCACAUGUUUGCUCAACGAAGAGGGCGACGAACCCAUGGACUACAAGAAUUGAAUUAUUCCCCAGAACUUGACCUCCCCCUUUACCUAAACAUCUCACCCCCUACGCACACACCCAUUCAGUCCCAUGUGUCUAUUUUAAGGACCGGAAGGUCUAUCUAGUACUGUACGUUUUGCUUCUCUAAGGAAAAAAUUUGUUUGAAACGUCUUUCGGUAGCUCAAAGUUGACUGGUCAACUUAACACACGGAAGUAGAAUUGAUCGAUCUUAACUUUUCUAGAAUAUUCAGGGGAUGUGGUGGCAGCCAAGGUGGUCUGCUCAGGUCGCUCUAGAGGAAUGGACUCAGAAGACUUGACUUCAAUAUUUGUCUGAGCUCUGCCAACCUAGCCCCUGUUGGGGUUUUAAUGGACUAAAAUACUACUUAAAACGGAGACAAACAUUAGGGCAUCCAUAGUUUUGCUGUAAUUGUCAGGUGACUGAAGUCACUUCAUUGUCAUGGCUAGUUCUGUACUUGUGUAUUGACCUGCCUUUCAAGCAUGUUUAAUGU